CUGUCACGUGAUUCAACGUCACAUUUAUCCCUGGUGUUUAGCGGUGCAGCUGGAAAAACAGUUGCCUCUUUUAUAACUAAUUUGCUUGAUUUAAAGAACAGCAAUGGAAAUUGGUACUGAAAUUAGCAAGAAAAUAAGGGCUGCUAUCAAAGGGAAACUUCAGGAGCUUGGUGCAUAUAUUGAUGAAGAGCUCCCAGAUUAUAUUAUGGUUAUGGUGGCAAACAAGAAAACCUCCCAACAGAUGGCUGACGAUCUCUCUCUUUUCCUUGGAAACAACACGAUUAAGUUCACAACCUGGCUGCAUGGUGUUUUGGAGAAAUUAAGAUCAGUUGCAGCAGAGCCUGCAUCCCUCAAGCAACUGCAGUCUGACAGUGGUACUGCGAGUGGGAAGAGCCGAUCAGCUGUAGGUGAAAACGGCCAAGCAGAGGAGUUACGAGGAGAUAGGAUGGAAGCCCGUGUGUCCAGCUCUGCACAUGAAAGCAGGAGGGGAUCCUUGGAAAAGGGUUCUUCUCGGCUUUCCUCCAGUGUUAAGCCCCUGAUGGAGCCACUCCCAUCAGAGGCUGUUAUUGACAUCAAACCAGAGAUGGAUGAUGACCUCAUCGCAGAUGAGCCUUUAGAAAUCAGCACCAACCACAGUCGUACACACGGAGCAGCUAGUAGACACAGCGCUGAAAUCUAUAGACCUGGCCAGGGCCAAUUCACAUCAUUAAGCUCUGUGGAAGCAUCCUCUCAGACUAGGCAGCAGGCCAGCAGAACCAGCAGAACCUCCAGAACUGGAUCCACCAAGCAGGAAGAGUUUUCAAGGAAGCGGAAGGCACCAGUAGCAAGUUCUGUUAUACGAGUGAACCGAGAAGCAGACGAGGACAGCGAUGAUGUGGACGAAGAGGACACCAGCUACGGUGCCAGAGGCCUCUCCAGUAGAGUGUCCCUCCCCUCCAAACCAGAACGGAAACCUACUCUCCCACCAGCCAAGCAAGCCAACAGAAAUCUGAUACUGAAAGCCAUCUCUGAGGCACAGGACUCAAUCACCAAAACGACUACCUACCCAACAAUACCACAGAGACAGACUGUUCCCGUGGCACCUCGUACUCGUCUGGCCAGCAGUGAGGAGAUGACUGCAGCCAUCCAGCUUGUCCAGGAGCACCUUCAUAGCCUGACCCCCCGGAUGCAGGCCUACGCUGCCACAGAUCUCCCUCCCUCCAGAAUGCCUGCUCCAACCAGAUCUUUGGCAUCACGGCUGCAGUUGGAGAACAAUAAUAGAAGAGAGCAGAAUGAAUAUGGUAUAGAGGUCACUGCAGGCAGUGAAGUGAAGACCUUUGAUACGCGUUCCUUCAUAAUGAGUAGACCGCAAGUGGGAGAAUCUCCAGUUGGAAAUCAGCAGCAAGUCCUGUCUGCUCUACCACGCACCGUCCAAGCCAGCAAAGAGAGAGGCGACUCUGCCAGCCCGAAGUUCAUAGUGACAUUAGAUGGGGUACCAAGCCCGCUGGGUAACCUUGCAGAGUGUGACAUUGACCUGGAUGAGGUGAGGCCACCUGUAAACGUCACUGAGGCAGCCAGCCAUGCCCACAGAGAGCCCAAAGUCAGCGUCCUUCAGAGGCUACAGGGAGGGGUCACCUCAGAAGAUGAGAUGAUGGACAUUGAAAUGGCAGAGGAGAAUGCUGUCCCUUUGAAAAAACAAAAGGUCAUGGAGCGCUGCAAGUUCUGGCCAGUGUGCAAAAGUGGAGAUGAGUGUCUGUACCAUCACCCAACAACACAGUGCAAGACUUUUCCCAACUGCAAAUUUGGGGAUAAAUGCCUUUUUGUGCAUCCAAAUUGUAAAUACGACGCAAGGUGUACAAAACCAGACUGUCCCUUCACUCAUGUGAGCCGCAGAAGCACGGCUCCUCCUCCUCCACCCAGACCAGCAGUGCAGCCAGUUCAGCCUACCAGCGUCUGUCGCUUCUUCCCAGAGUGCAAGAAGAUGGACUGUCCGUUUUAUCAUCCCAAGCCUUGUCGCUUUGCGGCGCUGUGUAAGCGAGCUGGAUGUACCUUCUACCACCCGACCACAUCUGUGCCACCAAGGCAUGCCCUCAAGUGGACAAAAGCACAGAGCAGCUAAUAAAGUCCAGAGAUUGUGGCAGAAGCCCGAUGGUGAAACUGUGGAAGGUCUUUGUGUCUGUGGGCUGUCAUCAUUUCAUUUACCUAAUCUUCUCUUUUCAUUUUAAUGUAUUGUUUGGAGUGAUUCUUUUUUUUUUUAAAUUUAAGAGUCAAGUUUUUCUGGGUCAUGACCUCAAAAUAAAUACUUCAGAGUUAUUUCAAAAA